AUGGCGCUUGCAGUGCGGCCAACAUGCGUGACUUUGCGAGAAAACCGACAGGAGGCACUUGAGCGUAUGGCCAUCAUGACCAAUAUGGGCCUUCAUGUCUUCCAUCCAGAAUGGCAGACUGUGCCCUCAGGCAGCAUGCCACGGGGGCGACAAUAUAGCACCACCUUCAAGAGCACGACGAUCAGGGUGUUUGGUGGUGAUGAGGAAAUCACCUUCCCAGUGCAGACAUGCACAAAAUCGGGAGAUGCCUUCGCCCAAAACAGUGCCGCGAACAACCACUUGCUGGGCCGCAGUUCGGUCACAAGUUUGCCCGCCAUGUAUGCCAAUGCGAUGAACAAUGCAGCUUGGUCCCUCUCCAUGGACCUCGGCGAAAAGCAGUAUUGCGCACAGUAUGACGAUUAUGGCUAUGAUUAUGAGGGCAACUUCCAGGACUGGAUGUACUACGUGGACGAGAUUGAGACAACGGACACCGGGUCUUAUACACCGUCAGAGGUUGAGACAAUCGAGGCAUUCUUUGAUCCUUGUGGCACAACUCCCACAGUGAACUCGCCAAUGGGUGGCUCGGUCAAAGUUCUUGCUCCGGAUCCCUUGGUGCAUAAACAACCCCAGUCACCGGUUUUGGUGUUGUUAGUGCUAGCAAGGAGUAGGUAG